CAACACCGGUCUGGGAUUCGAAGCUGCGAAGCAUUUCGCUAGGAUGAACCCUGCACGGCUGGUGUUGACUGCGAGAGAUGAAGCGAGGGGGAAGCAGGCUCUGGCCCAGAUCCAGGAGGACACUGGCUACACCAAGGCGGAGCUGUGGAUUAUUGAUCUCGCGAAUUUCGGCAGCGUCGUAGCGUUUGCUGAUAGGGCGGAGCGUGAAUUGGACCGAUUGGAUAUCCUUGUGGAGAAUGCUGGCAUUGCAACGCGGAACUAUGAACAAGUGGAUGGUUGGGAGAAAACCCUGCAUACGAAUAACCUUGGUCCCGGACUGCUCGCUAUUCGCAUGAUCCCCAAGAUGCACGAAACGGCGCGCAAGCAUUCGGUCAGCCCGAGACUGGUAGUCGUAGCGAGCGACACGCAUUAUUGGACGACGAUUGAAAAGGCCGUCAUCGCUUCCCCUGGCAUCCUCGCGAAGUUGUCUGACAAGGAGUAUUGCACAGAAGAGGUAAUGAAGCACCGGUAUCAUGAUACGAAAUUGUUCAACGUUCUUUUUGCCCGAGCCCUGCAACUCCACGUCCCAUCUUCCCCAGCGAUCACCGUCAACUCUGUUAACCCCGGACUCUGUUUCUCGGGCCUCAUGUCCAAGUCGGGCAUCCCUCCUGACUCUGAGGAGGGGAAGGCUCUACGAAAGAUGCAAGAGGAGCUGGCGUUCACUACGGAAGAGGGGAGCCGGCAGCUGGUGUACGCUGCCGUGGGGUCUCUGGGCAACGAGGAGAAGCUUCGGGGGAAGUAUAUCCAGAUGUCUGAGGUCGUGGAAGAGAGUGAUUUUGUAAUCAGCGAGGAUGGGAAGGUGGUGCAGGAUAAGGUUUGGGAGGAGAUGCUGGAGAUUUUGGGUCGAGUGGAUCCGAAGGUCUCGGAGGUUGCCGAAGUGUAUCUAACGAAGGCUUGAUGAACAUACAGAUGAAUGACGACAGG